AUGCCAUUGUCCAACCAUUUAAUCAGUCAGAACGGCAAAUUCUACCGAGUCCGCCUGAAGCUGAUGGUGUCCAGUGAGAGUUUCAUCUUUGAUAACGUCACCAUCUGCCUUACUGGGCUCCUCUCUCCCUACAUUGGAAACCUGUUCUGUAUAAUUAAUAUGGGGGAUGGCCACACUUUAGAUCCCUACUACCCCACAAGUUUGUCCAGCAGCGUUUUCCACCAGUUCACAGCCCCCGGGGAAUUCACUGUGUUCGUCGAGUGUACAACCAGCGAGCGGAACGUGACAGCUCAGAAGCAAGUGACCGUGUGAGACAAGAUGGAGGGGCUCUGUGUGUCUGGGUGUUCUGGUCUGUCCAUAUCGGGAACCAGCCCUCUCUGCUGGGCGGUCUUCAGGGACCCUCUGUGGAUUCAGGUGGAGCUUGAUGGAGGAACAGGGGUGACUUACACUGUGCUGUCAGGUAACACGACCCUGGCCGAGCUCACCACGCAGAGGGGCCCACUCCCCUACAGUCUAGCCCCGGAUGGAGCAGUCCAGCAACGGAUGGGCCCAGAGAUGCACCACGUGGAGGUCCGAGCCGCCAGCAACACCACCACCUCUGCCCCCUCCAGAAACAUCACCAACCACUUCGUGGAGCCCCUGUCAGGCCUGCAGGUCUGCAGGGCUUCUGGCAACUUGGAGCUUGGACCGGACCUACUGGCCAAUGUCUCGGUGGCUCACGGCAUCCCAGAGAGGCUGACUUCUGAGGUGGCAGGACUCCAUGCAACCUUCUCCCAUGAGAAAGAGAGCCUUGGGGGGCCAUUUGGGACUUACCACGUGGCAGUUCCUCUUGAAGGCGCCUUUCUGGUCACUGUGCUCGUGAGGAACGCCUUCUCAAACCUGAGUUUGAAAAUUGGAAGCAUCACUGUCACUGCUCCUUCCAGUCUCCAAGAACCACCUGGAGCAAAGGCUCAGGAAAAGAAUGUGAAUAGAGGGGAUGUGGAGCUGUGCGUGGAACCUGGUCAGUACUUGGAUCCUUUCACAACAGUGACUCUGGGCUGGCCAGACAGUAACAAGGACUUUCGCUUCCAGUGGGCAUGUGGGCACUGCUGGGCUCAGUGGAGUGACUGUGUUGAGAGGCAGCCGCUCCGCACAGACCAGAGGGAGCUGGUAGUGCCACCGUCCUGCCUGCCGACACAUGACUCUGCUGUUGCCCUGCGCCUGGCAGUCUGGAGAGGCCGGGAGCUGGAGAACCUGGAGGAGCAGUGCCUCUACCCAGUCUCACCCCCCUGGGAGCUGCAGCUGCGGGAGAGCUGUGAGGAGAACUGCAGGCCAGUGACUGCCAGCAGGGACGUUAUGCUCAAGGUCACCGUGGGGGAAAAGUCUGCAGCAGCCGUGUUCAGCUGGUAUUUAGUUGACACCUUGCUGGAGAAGGCCGAGUCCCUCCCGGCGGCCUGCAGACUCCAAGGAUUCUGGUCACGUUCUUUAAUCCCCCUUCAGAGCGACACCCCCACCCUGCUGAACAGUUCCUUCCUGAGGACCCGUAGCCAGGCCACCGGAAUCAGAGUCAGAGCGGUGACCAGGCGUGCCUACGGGGAGGGCACCUACCUGAUCAGCUCCCCCCCUCCGGAGGUGCCCACCUGCACCACUGCCCCGAUGGAGGGCACUGUUCUGAUGAGCUUCGCCAUCUUCUGCAGCGCUUCCGCCGCCCCGAGGCCCCUGGCGUACUGCUUCUGCCUGGAGUCGGCUACCGGUUCCUGUCUACACUGUGGCCCUGAACCUGCCCUCCCAUCAGUUUACCUGCCACUUGGAACAGAAAACAAUGACUUCAUGCUGACAGUGGUCAUUUCUGUCUGCAAUCACGUGGGUGACAGACAGCAGACCCAGGCAGCAGUUAAGGUGGGACGUGGAGGCACCCGUGCGGAGGAUGAGCCAUUUCAGGCCGCACUGUGGGACAAUGUCACCGCCCCUCUGCAGGGCGGGCGCGGCCCUGGGCAGCUCUUCCAGCUGGCCAGGUCUGUGUCAUCCGUGCUGGACCAGCAGUGCCGGAGGCCGGGCUCCGGGCAGCCGCUGAGAGUGGACGCCAGACAGAAGGUCAGAGAGCAUAUCCUCUGUGUCUGCGGGUCACUGCCCGCAGUCAACGCCACCUUGGGGGACACGCGGAAGGUGCAGCAGCUGGCCGAGGCACUGAAAGAGGUGACCCACCACGGUGAGGAGCUCACGCCCUUGGCCCAGAGGGAGGCCAGCAGGGCUCUGCAGCAUGCCAGUGAGGCCCUGUUGGCAGUGAGUGCCGAGGCCCAUCCUGAGGACCAGAGGCACCAGGCAGCCACCGGGGACCUGUUCCAGGCUGUGGGCAGCGUGCUGGAAGCUUCCCUGAGGGACAGACCAGAAGAGCCUGCAGGGUCCAAUGGCAGCCAGACAGCCACAGCGCCCCAGCUGCUGGGAGCUGUGGGGCACAUGCAGGCCGCCGUCCUGCCGGGGGGACUGCCUGGGGGCCUUCCAGCCACGCCGGCGGCCCCCUCGGCCUCCGUGUACACAGACAGCCGUGGGCUGGACGACGCUGCAGGCACCGCUGAGACCCCCGGCCCCGAGCGGAACUGCAGGAGACCAGCAGUGGGUGUUUUCCAGGUGCUGGGGUUCACUGCUUUCUUUGCGCUGCUGUUGAAGAGGGUGGAGGACGAGGAGGAGCCUGUGGCCCCCCUCCUGUGACAUCUCUCUGGCCCAGACCCCUCUGCCUUGUUUCGAGCACGAAGAAACAGCAGAAGGGACAUCUACCAGAAGCCUCUGGCCUCUGACGUUGGGAAGAUGAAAACCACCCACCUCAAGGAACAGAAAGCAUUUGCCUUUAUCAGAGAAAUCUUGGAGCACCUGGGCUCCCUGUGGAUGCAGCUGCUGGUGGCCUACGGGCAGGGGGACCCCAGCGCCUACCACGUCAACAGACACCUUGGGCACAGCUUCACCCGAGGCUUUUCAGCCGUGCUGGGCUUUCAGGACUUCUUCACGUGGGCCAACACCACCCUCGUGAGCAACCUGGACAGUCAUCACCCAGGCUUUAUCACUGAUGGGAACUCCAAGCUGGUGGGAAGUGCCCAGAUUUGCCAAGUGAGGGUCCAGGAAAGCUCUUGCACUCUUGCCCUGCAGCUGCAGGCUUCUCUUGAUGGAUGCCAUGCGCCAUAUUCCCUGGAUGUUGAAGACCUGUCAGACUGUGGGGAAGGCUGGAAUGCCUCUGUCCUCAAUAACAGCAAUGACUUUUCCCAGGCUUGGCAGUACCAGAGCCGGAGCCAGCGCCGAGGGUAUCUCAUCUGGGGCAAACUCACUGUGUACUGGGGAGGAGGUUACAUGGUCCCCUUGGGGACUGAUCGCCAAAGUGCAUCAAGGUAAGGCUCACUGGAUUCACAUGCAGCAGAGGAAAGACAUUUGCUCAAGUCCAGAUCUGAUUGGAGGGUGCAGCUUUCAAAACAGGGCCGAGCCAAGCUCAUUGUAUCAUUGUGGGGAGGGGCUGGGGGAUUCAGAGGCAUUCAGGUCAUAUUUUCAGGCCCCUGGAAACUGUGCAGUCUCAGAGUUCGAAGGGAAAUCCUGCUUCCAGCAUUCUCAGCCUGCUGCACCAAGCCUGGUGGCCUCUGCUAGAGCCAAUACAGGGAUGGGGAACUUAGAACGACACAAAGCGUCCACCACCAGGCAAGUAGGAAGUGGUGAAGGCUUUUAACCUUAACCAAGAAUUAUGCAGGGUCUGAGGUCUUACCCUACUCAUGAGCUAACACACUAGCCUGUUUCAUGGAUGCUGGCAGAAGACACAAGACUCCUAGGUCAGAGACAAAGGUUUUCAUUACUCACAGUAAAAGCAGUAGCAGAGCGUCAUGGUGAUUGAAGUCAGUUCCCCAGGAAGGGUCACGACAGAUGCUUGCCCAUGCAGUGAGUUACAGUACCAAGGAGGAACACUGAGCUUGGAGCAUUCACUGUUUCUACAGUGGCAGAAGCAAGCCUGCUCUUUGUCUGAAGGAGGAUGUCACCUCAUCCCUUGACGUUGCUCACUGCAAACUCAGCCCUGAGAGGACGCCUGGGUAAAGCCCAGCCAGAGCCUUGCAUUCCUGGAAUACUCAGCAUGAAUGUGCAGGGACACUCAGGGCCCACACACACUGUGUCUCCCAGCACGCUCUAGAGUCAGAGAGCCCUAGGUUUGAAACCCUGGCACUGCUCCUGUUAGCUGUGUAGUCUCAGGUGAGUUAGUGAACCCAUGUGAACCUCCAUCUCCUCCAUGGCACUAUUACAGCACCAAGGAACACAAGUAACAAGCCCCAAAGGAGGACACCUGGCAGGGGUCCCCUGGGAUUAAGGACAGGCCAGGAAUAGCUUA